AUGCGCCACGUGCGAUGCGGUGAAGAAAAGCCUAAUUGCAUGCAAUGUAUCAAGACGGGGCGCAAAUGUGAUGGUUACAGCAACCAAUCCCAAAAGGAGCUCCGGAAAAAAGUCACAGACCCAUAUUUUGCGUGGCCAACUGUCAGCCCUGAUAACCGACUAGUCCUGGUCCCGGGUUCACGGGAAGAGAGGAAAUAUAUCCACACAUUCUGCACACAGACCUCUCCGGCCCUCUCGGGAUUCUUUGCAUCGGAAGUGUGGAAUCGCUUUCUCCCGCAGCUCAGUCAUCGAGAGCCGACUGUUCGGCAUGCCGUUGCCGCGGUCAGUGCGAUGUAUGAGCAACAAUAUCACCCAAAUGCUAGUCAGGGCGUCUCUGAUAACUUUGCACUUCAGCAAUACACCAAGGCCAUCCAGAAGUUCCGGCAACAAUUGGUGAAUCCUCGAGACUCUGAUUACGACUGCUUACUUGUCACCUGUCUCUUGUUUGUAUGCUUGGAGAUGCUCAGGUCCAGUCACGCGAGCGUUCUAGAUCAUAUUCAGGGCGGAAUGCAAAUACUUCUGAGACAACAGGAUGAAAAGACCAACCAACUAAAAAGAGACACCAUCGACCAAGAACUAUGCCAAUCAUUCCGCCGACUGAGCAUUCAGCUCCCCCUCUUCGGUCGAUCUUUGAUACCCUUCCACCCUCAAACAGAAACAGCGCUAGACCCAGAACAGAUUCCCAUCUUCGAUAAUAUUGCGCAAGCUCGAGACUCCAUGACGAUUCUGAUGAACCGGGGCCUGGGAUUGAUCCGACCCAUCGGCAUCGAUAGGAUUCUCCCAUCCGAAGAAGUCAAUCAGCAACAGAUGCACGAACAGCGUAUCCUCGCACAGGCAUUCUACAACUGGAAUGUGGCUUUUACUACGAUGAUGCAAAAGCCAGCCAAAAGCGUGGGCAUUUUGGAUUCACGUGCACCCCUAGCCCUCCAAAUCAACUAUUUUAUCUCUAUCACAUGGAUUCUUAGCUGCUUAUCACGAGACGAAUCCGUCUACGAUCAGCAUUUCGCAUCUUUCGAAGCCAGCGUGGAUGCAGCAGAGAAGAUCCUCACCCUCAGUGCACAGACAGCCAAUCCAUCAACUCCUGAGAUAUUCUCUCUAGACGCUGAAGUUGUCCCAGCAAUAUACUUGGCCGCAAUGAGAUGUCGAGAACCAAACAUUCGACGCCGGGCAAUCGCGGUUCUGUCCAACUACCCUACAAAGGAAGGACUGUGGGGCCAGGGAGAGCGCCAAUAUCAAAUUGCUAAAUUGAUACUAGAGAUAGAAGAGCGACACUAUCAGCAUCUUCCAGUGGAAGAAAGGAUUCCUCGUGAUUCACACCGGGUGUAUGAAGCUCUGAUCUUUCCAACAAAAGGUACCUACCUGGACCCGUGCCCGGUAACGAUUAUGAUGAAGCCACAUGGGCUCCAAGGGCCAUGGGCUACCCGGGUUGAAUAUGUGGAGCUGCCAAAGCUGAAAUAG